UCGGCCCUCGCCCCCUCUGCCCCCGCCCCCCGGACGGCGAGAGCUGCCGAGCCGCUGCGCUGGGACUGGGGAACAGGGACGUCCGCCGGCCGCGACGCGGACUGGAGGGACUGGAGGGACUGGGGCUCGGGCUCCGGCUCCGGACUGGUCGGGGGCGGCGGCGGCGGCAGCGGGAGGACGACCGGCGGGAACAUGGCGCUUGUGGGCAAUGGAGCGGAGCACGAAGCGGACGAGGAAACCUUUGAAGAUGCCUUUGAAAACUUCCCAAUGUAAGGAAAACAAGAUGGAUCUUAGGUGUUCACUAGAAGAAUGUACAAUGGCAUUAAACUUAUUUCUAAAUAAUAGAUUCUCAGAAGCCUUGGAAUUACUUCGUCCUUGGUCGAAAGAGAGUAUGUAUCAUGCUCUGGGCUAUAGCACUAUUUUAGUAAUGCAGGCAGCAAUGACCUUUGAACACCAGGACAUCCAAAAUGGCAUUUCCACAAUGAAGGAAGCUUUACAAACCUGUCAAAAAUUCAGAAAAAGAAACACAAUGGUAGAAUCUCUGUCAAGUCUUGUUUCCAAAUCAUCAGUGGAUCAGCUGAGUGAAGAGGAAAUGCACGCAGAAAUCUGUUAUGCAGAAUGUCUACUACAGAAAGCAGCACUGACAUUUUUACAGGAUGAAAACAUGAUCAACUUCAUCAAAGGUGGACUCAAAAUUAGAACAAGUUACCAAAUAUAUAAGGAAUGUUAUUCUGUUCUGCAGAUGACUCAGGGCAACAAAAAACAGAAGGAAACCUAUUAUCAAUUUGAAGGGGGAGUGAAGCUUGGAAUAGGAGCAUUUAAUUUGAUGCUAUCUCUUUUACCAGCAAGAGUUCUCCGACUACUAGAAUUUAUUGGGUUUUCUGGCAACAGGGAACUGGGCCUUGUACAGUUGCGAGAGGGUGCAUCUGGAUCCAGUUUGCGGUCUACACUGUGCAGUUUAACUUUACUCUUAUUUCAUACUUAUGUCUCACUAGUCCUUGGCACAGGAGAAGCCAAUAUUGAGGAAGCUGAGACUCUCCUUGAACCCUAUCUCCAGAAGUUUCCAAAUGGCUCUCUAAUUUUGUUUUAUUCUGCAAGAAUAGAGCUACUCAAAGGGAAUUUUGAAAAGGCACAGGUGAUAUUCCAAAACUGUAUUAAAUCUCAGGAAGAAUGGAAACAGAUUCAUCACCUCUGUUACUGGGAACUGAUGUGGUGUUAUACAUUCCAGCAAGAAUGGCUUAAGGCAUAUCAUUAUGCUGAUCUGCUUUGCAAAGAAAGUAGAUGGUCCAAGGCAACAUAUGUGUUUCAGAAAGCUGCAAUCCUAAGUAUGCUCCCAGAUGAAGAGGUGAAGCCAACUGGAGAGAAUAUUGUGUCUCUGUUUAGGCAGGUGGAGGGCUUGAAGCAGAGAAUUGCUGGCAAAUCUAUCCCAACAGAGAAGUUUGCAGUGAGGAAGUCCCGGCGUUAUUCCAGUGCAGCCUUUCCCGUAAAGCUGAUAUUACCUGCUCUGGAAAUGAUGUACAUCUGGAAUGGUUUUACUGUAGUAGGCAAAAGGCCUGACCUCACAGAAAAUCUCUUGAUCACCAUUGAAAAAGCAGAAACGGCUUUACACAAUGAAACAAAGUGCAAUGAUUACUUCGCGGAUGACCACUGUUUGGUGCAGUUACUGAAAGGUCUCUGUCUGAAGCACUUAGGACGACUCUUACAAGCUGAACUGUGUUUCAAUCAGGUUAUUCAAAGUGAGAAACAACUAAAAUUUGACCACUACCUUGUGCCAUUUACUCUGUAUGAACUGGGACUUUUAUGCCAACUGCAAGGAGACACAGAGAAGGCCUUACGGAUAAUAGAAACUGCAAAAACCAACUACAAAGAUUACUCCAUGGAAUCCAGACUGCACUUCAGGAUCCAUGCAGCACUCAGCAGUUUGAAGGGCUCUCCUGCUUCUACUCCUUGAUGGAAGCCCCAUAGAGGGAAGAGUUUUCUGAACUGGCAGGAGCUUCUACUCUAGAGAAGUCCUUGUAUUAAAGUAGAUAAAUGAUCAUGUACAUGAGAGAGAGAGAGGGGAAAAGCAAAUUGGUUUUAUUAUCACCGUUUUCUUUCAUCUGUCUCUGUUUGGAUGUUGUCUUCUUGUUUCCAUGUUUUCCUAUGGAAUUUUACCAUAGCUUUGUUCAGUCUGUUAUUAGAAAGUCUUAAUUUUGUCUCGUAAGAAGAAUUGAAUUGAGGUGUGAGGGUUUUAUUUUAAGACUUGCAGGUGCAAUAAAGUCUACUUUAGAUAAUUUUUUUCUAUGUGCAGAUUGAUAUCAUUGAGCUAGCAGGCUGAAAUCUUGUGAUCCUGGAUCACAGCUACAGUAUUCAGGGGAGAUGAUAUUUCUGUACUGGGCUAUUUUACACCCUUUGAGCUCCAGAGCUGAGUCUCCUAUCAGCCAGUUAGUCUCCAUGAGCAUUUCAUAACCUGAUAUUUUACUUUUAAUACAAAAAUAAAAAUCACCUUCAUCUAGAAAUAUGAAAUUUCUUACAGUUAUACCCUUCUGAAGAAUAUGGUACAAAACUAACAAAGGACAGGAAUGAUUGUUGCAUUGAUGUUUUAGGCUUAAAGGCAUUCCCUCACUUGAACUGAAACCAAAGUGUUGCCUUUUCUUCCAUCUGAUAAGAGGAAGCAACUUUUUUUUUUUGAAAGAGAUGUUGGCCUCUCCUUGAAUGUAUUGAAAUCAUUUUCAUUUGUAUUUCCCAGAAUGUGUGGGUCUCUCUAAUGAGAAAAGGAAGACCAUGGAGUUCCUAGGCAUUCAGUAGUGAGAAAGGAAGGCCUGAAAGUAUAAAUUUGAUUGUUUGUUUGUUUUCUCCUCAGGAAGCAAAGCACAAUUAACGUUGCUUGUACAAUCUUGUACUGUCUUUAUAUUUGUUAUGUUUUGAUGCUCAGUGUCUGAUUUUAUGAUCUCUCAUUGCUCUUAAUUUUUUAAAGUUCUAUUCGUAUACAUUAGUAAUAUGUUCAGUCCUUUAUUUGAAAAUUACCGUCUUGGUGCGCUUAAAUUAACAUUUAUUUUUCAAAAAUAGUUGAUAUCAAAAUACAUAAGACAUAGAAUUUCAAACAUUUGAAAAUUACUUCUUUCAAGCACAUCAUAUUUCACAAUUGCCACCACUUUUUUCUUUUGAGAGGAGGGAUAUUUCUGGCUUAGGACCAAAUACCAGCUGCUAAGGACUACAGCAGGAAAGGUCAGGUAGUUCAUGUAUGUAGCAGAGUUCUUUUAUUUAUAUUGUGAAAUAGCAUUUAUUACUUUAAUUAAAAGACUAUGCCCUUUUUGGGGAUGGUAUUGGCACAUGAUUAUUGGCUGGUCCAAGUGCUGCUUUUGUGAGUUGGAAGAUGUGAAAAUCCAAACAUGUUUAUAUUGACUCAUGGAACUAAUCAGGUUAAAAAAUAUAUUGUGCUUGAUACACAGUUAAGUGCUUGAUAUUUGCCUUUUUGUUCAUUCAAAAGAUAUCUAUUUAGCAUCUCCAAAUUGGAAUAGACAAUAAGACAUGUAGGGAACAGAAAUUAACUAUCCUGUUCCUAGUUAUUAACUCAUGUUUAGCAGUUAUAUGAUAUUAAAUGGUGACACUUAAAAUACCAUGAUGAUAAAUUUUGAUUGGUCUAAUAAUAUGAUGAGUACGUUUGCUAUAUAUAAUUAUAGAGAAAAAGGAAUUCAGAAAAAUAAUUUUUAAAAUUCAGCUGUGGCAAUUAGAUUGGAAAAGUGCAGUAAAUCCAAAAUUUCUACACGUUUGUAGUGACUUUUCCUUGAUGACAUCAUUUAAAACAACACUUCUGUUAUGGCUUUGGUUGGACUUGUUUUGGUUGCAUCAGUUUUAACUGAGCACCCCUGUUCAUUAUUUACAGGCAGUUUUCAGAGCCACAUAGUCAAUAAAAAUUCUCUUUCUUAAGAAAGGUAAGACAGCCUUUUAAAAAACCCAUGGUAAAUCUUCUGUUGUUUUUAGAAACUAUUUUAUUUCUAAAUUGCCAACCACAUUUUUAAAAAAUCUGAUAACUCCAAAGUAAUUGAUGUUCAUAUUUACCUUCAGCUUUUAAUUUAUUUCCUAAAAUGCUAAGCAAUAUGGAUAAAUUUGCAAGAAUUAAUUUUAUAGGUCUUAAUAUGGUUCAUUCAGUCUUCAAAUAAUUGUUAAGUGCCACCUUUUUAUAAGGCACCAGUCUCCUCUGAGAGUAACAGUCUACACUAGUUGCUUUUCCUUGCUCACUCAACCACUUGUUCCCCAAAUCCAGCAGUCCAGCUUCCACUUCUAUUACUUGACUAAAACUAUUAUCUUGGUGGUCAACAAUGAAUUUCAUAACUGUCAAAUCCAACAGCCUUUCCUUCAUCUUCAUUUUAUUUGAAUCUUUGUAGCUUGUGAUAUUGUUGACUACCUCUCCUUAAAACUUUUUCCUCUUCUCAUGGUUCUCUUCUAACCUCUCUGACCAUUUUUUUUUCUCUUUCACAGACUCUUCCUUUUCCUACCUCCUAGGUAGAGGAAUUCCCCAGGACUACCCUUGGUCUUCUUCUCUCCCUGUAGAGUCUCUCCUUUGGGGUUCUCUUUCACUUCUGUGACUAGCUGUCACCAUAAUCACCAUUCUAUAGGUGACUCUCAAUUUUAUAUAUUCAGACUUGAUCUUUAACUAUCUCUACCACAUUCCCUAGGUAGCACCUCAUAUUUAUGUCCCAAACUUACUUUUCCAUUUUGCUUGAAUCUGUACUUCCUAACGUUUCCCUAUCUGUUCAUUGUACCACUGUCCUACCUAUAACUGAAACUUAAAAUUUCGGGAUUACUUUGACCUUUUCUUCUUCCAAACAUGUAUUCCCCCAUGUUGAAUCAUUUCCCAAAUCCUCUCAGUUGGUGGAAUAAUUCACAUAUCUGUCCCAUACUCUUCAUUCCCAUCAUCUUUACCGUAGUACAGCCUCUCAUCUGUAUCUUGCUAUAUCUAUAUUAUUGCUAUGGUAUUCUUAUUCAUCUCCUUUUCUCCAGUUUCUCUUCAAUCCAAUUUAUUCUACACACCUGUCCCAGAGUGGUCUUUCUAAUGGAUAGUGCUGAUCAUGUUGUCAUUCUCCUACUCAGAAGCCGUCAUUGGGUUCUCACUGUCUCCUGAAUAAAGUUCAGACUCCUUAUCCUGAUAUUCAAGAAACUCACGUCUGUAACCUACCGUUCCAGCCUUAUCUCGUAUACUUCAUGUUCUUAAUUGUUGCCCAAACUCAUCCUAGUCUUUGCCUUUGGCUCCUUUCCAGGGAUGUUAGGAGGAAAGCAUUUCGUUUAUACCUUAAAGCACCAUAUGAAUGUAAGGUUUUGUGUGUGUUUGUGUGUGUGUUUCUACAAUCUGCUCUGCCUUUCCCUCCCCCAAAAUCCUUGUUUUCUACCUGUUGAAAGUCUACUGUCCUCAAAACCCAGAUCAUAUUCCACUUCAAAGAGAGAAGUUCAGGUUCCCCUUAUCCUUCUCUAUAUCUUUCAUUGUCCUUUAUUGGUAUUUCAUCCCUUGUAUUUUAUUCAUUUGUGUGUAAGUCUUAUCUUCCCGAUUAAACUGUGAGCUCCUUGAGGGCAGGGACUCAUGCUUUUUUACUGAUCUUUGUAAUUCCCAAAAAACUUUAUCAGUGGUUUGAACACAGUAGGAGCAUAAUAAAUGAGUGAAUUAAAUUGA